AUGGGUGCUCCUAAGCAGAAAUGGACUGCAGAAGAAGAAGCGGCGCUAAAAGCUGGAGUACUCAAACACGGGUCUGGAAAAUGGCGCACUAUACUUACUGAUCCUGAGUUUUGUACCAUUUUACGCACUCGUUCAAAUGUAGAUCUCAAGGAUAAAUGGAGGAAUAUAAAUGUCACAGCAAUAUGGGGAUCCCGGCAGAAGGCAAAGCUUGCCCUUAAAAAGAACCUUCCAGCCCCAAAAAUUGACAAUAAUCAAUUGGCCUUGAGUAAAGUAGUUCAACGUGAAGACAUUCUUGAUAUUAAGCCUCUAACAAUUUCUAGUGGAGCAUUGCCAUCUUCUAAUUCAAAAGAACAAGUAUCAAGGUUGGGGGUUAAUCAUGUACUAGAGGCUAAUGUCAAUAUGAAGGAGCCAAAGGGUUCUAACAAGGCUGCCAUUGCUUCUUACAUAGAGGAAAAGCAUAAGUACAAAAUUAUGCCAAAUCCAAGAGUCUCUGAGAAAAGAAGUCCUUCCUUGAUGCCCAUGGAAGCUAGGCCCAAAGAUUCUCUAGAAGUGGAGAAGAGUGGUGAGGUCAACAUCCUUUCAAAAUCUCAAAUUGAUGCAGAGCUAUCAAAAGUGACGAGCAUGACAGCUCAAGAGGCGGCCGCUGCAGCUGCAAAAGCAGUUGCAGAGGCCGAAGUUGCCAUUGCACAGGCUGAGGCAGCAGCUAGAGAGGCAGAGGCUGCAGAAGCUGAAGCUGAGGCUGCUCAAGUCUUUGCAAAAGCAGCAAAGAAGGCGCUUAAAAGCAAAAUGCUUCAUAUUUGGUAG